AUGAAUUCUUCUGCCCCGCCCGCGGCGGCAGAGUAUGGCGGAGAUGAGGUGUCCGCGAUAAUCUUAGAUCCCGGAUAUUCAUCGACGCGUGCUGGAUUCGCCGGAGAAGACACCCCAAAGUCGGUCAUCCCUACACACUAUGGAAAAUACUCCACGGAUGCGCAAGAAAAAUACGUUUACGGUGACAAUCUCUAUGUCUCUCCGCGCCCAGAAAUUUCUGUUCACAACCCGAUUAGCAGAGAUGGAAUUGUGGAGGACUGGGAGAUGGCUGAGAAGCUAUGGGAAUAUUCAUUCACUUCGCGAUUGACAAGCCGAAAACCUGGAAAUCCAAUGAACAACGGACUAAACGAUCCCAAUCCCGAAGACUUACCUGCAGAAAUGGAGGGAGUAGAGGCGGAGGAAAAACCGCUGGCUGAUAGCCCGCUACUGAUGACUGAGCCUGGGUGGAAUCCGACAAAGGCAAGAGAGAAGACCAUUGAAAUUGCGAUGGAAAACUGGGGAACACCAGCCUUUUACCUAUCCAGGAAUGGUCCAUUAGCCAGUUUUGCUGCUGGAAAAGCUACCGCCUUGGUAGUCGACGUGGGUGCUAGCAAUAUAUCCGUGACCCCAGUCCAUGAUGGCCUGGUUCUCAAGCGAGGCGUACAGCAUUCUCAACUUGCCGGUGACUUCGUCUCAUCCCAAAUCCGAGCCCUUCUCAAAUCAAGUACACCACCGGUCAACUUGACACCACAUUACCUAAUUUCUUCCAAAGCUGCAGUCGAUGCCGGCCAACCAGCUCAAGCAGUAUACAAGGAUAUACCCGAGAACAAACUGCCAGGCCCCUCAUAUCGCCGGUUGAUAGAGGACCGAACGCUUUCUGAGUUCAAAGAGUGUGUAGUGCAGGUUUGGCCCGGUCCGGGUGCAUUGUCCGGCCAAGGUCCCACCGGAACCUCUAAUGAGGAGCUAGCAAAAAGCAUUCCAUUGCGUCCAUUCGAAUUUCCAGACGGCUUUAAUCAACUUUUCGGCCCUGAAAGAUAUCGUGUUGCUGAGAGCCUAUUUGACGCUAAGGCUGCUCUACCGGAUCCGGACUCCGAAUUCCCUACUCCAGCGGCCAACCAGACAAUACCAGAAUUGAUCCGGAAUGCUCUUAACCAGGUUGACGUUGACAUUAGACCAACUUUACUUGCGAAUGUAGUGGUUACUGGAGCGGGCAGCUUGCUUUAUGGCUUCAAUGAUCGAUUGAAUUACGAACUGACAACCAUGUACCCAAGCCCAAGAGUUAGGAUAUCUGCUCCUGGAAAUACCGCGGAGAGAAAAUUCGGCUCCUGGAUAGGUGGAAGUAUUGUUGCGAGUCUGGGUACGUUCCAUCAGAUGUGGAUUUCGAAGAAGGAAUACGAUGAACACGGCCCGAACAUUGUGGAAAAGCGAUGCAAGUGA